AUCGGCGACCGCACAACACAGACAGACACAUUUUAUCCGUGUCUCGUGACGGUUAGACGUUGGUUCAUCGUAAAAUGUUAAUAUCCUGAUCAUGGCGCCGAACUACAGUAAAUACGUGACAAGAAACAACGCCUUGGCGGCGGCCGGUGUCCUCACCGCCCUGUACAUAGCGGCCAGACGUAAGGGCAAAAAAUCUCUCAAAUCAGACAGGAGGAAGAUAAUCAAAAAGGUGGAGGAAGAAGUUAAGUAUAUGAUUGCUGAAAAGAAGGACAACAAAGUGAAGGCGCAUGUCGAUAAGCAAUUCCUGAAACAACUGUCCGAAUUACUGAAAAUCGUAGUGCCCGGCUGGUCGUCGCCGGAAUGUGGUCUGCUCGUGCUCGUCGCCACUAGUUUGGUGGCCAGAUCUGUCUGUGAUUUAUGGCUGAUUAAUAAUGGAACCAAAAUCGAAACUGCCAUCAUUUCCAUGGACAAGGAACUGUUCAAGCGGCGACUGCUGAAUUUCUUCCUGGCCAUCCCGGUGAUAUCCGUCGUCAACAACAUCCUUAAAUACUCGAUAGGCGAACUGAAAAUCCGUCUGAGAACCAACUUGACACGUAACUUGUACGAGGACUACCUGAAAAACUUUACGUAUUAUCGUAUGUCCAAUUUGGACAAUCGCAUUUCAAACGCCGACCAAUUGCUGACCACAGACGUGGACAAGUUUUGCGAGAGCGUCGCCGACUUGUACACCAACACCGCCAAACCCUUAUUGGACAUCGGUAUUUAUGUCUAUAAAUUGUCCACAACUUUGGGGGGCGGAACCCCCAGUUUGAUGUUGGGAUAUUUGUUCGUUUCCGGAGCGAUAUUGACCCACUUGAGGAAACCGACGGCCCGUCUGACGGCCGGAGAACAAAAACUCGAGGGCGAAUUCCGACACAUAAAUUCCAGGCUAAUUACGCACUCCGAGGAGGUGGCGUUUUACAAUGGAAACGUGAGGGAGAAGGCCACGCUUCUGGCUAGUUACAACAAACUAUUGAACCACCUGAAGAAGUUCCUCCGCUUCAAAAUAUUGAUGGGAGUGGUGGACAACUUCGUAGCCAAGUAUUUCGCUAGUAUAGUGGGUUUUUGGGCUGUUUCGCUGCCUUUCAUGACCGGUAACAUGCACAUCACGUCGGCGGCGCACGGCGAGCGGUCCAGGCUGUACUACACGUACGGUAGGAUGUUGGUGAAGCUGGCCGAGGCGAUUGGGAGGUUGGUGUUGGCCGGGCGAGAGUUGACGCGACUCGCCGGCUUCACUGCCAGAGUCACGGAGCUAAGGACCGUUCUGAAGGAGUUGAACGACGGCAAGUACCAGAGGACUAUGGUUGCCGGUUCGGAGAAUUUGAAACCUAAUGGAGGGCGGAUGGUGUUCCAGAAUAACGUCAUCAAAUUCGAUCGCGUACCUUUGAUAACGCCGAACGGGGACGUUCUGAUACCGGAGCUGAGCUUCGAGAUCAAAUCGGGAAUGAACGUGUUGGUUUGCGGACCGAACGGUGCGGGUAAGUCGUCGCUGUUUCGCGUUUUGGGUGAGCUGUGGCCCCUCUUCGGCGGUGAAUUGACGAAGCCGCCUCGCGGGAAGCUGUUUUAUAUACCGCAGAGACCUUACAUGACAUUGGGAUCGUUGAGGGAUCAAUUGACCUAUCCACAUUCGGGUUCGGAAGCCGUGCGUCGUGGCGCCACCGAUCAAAAAUUGACUGAGCACCUGAAACGUGUUCAAUUGGAGUACUUGGCUGAGCGGGAGGGUGGACUGGAUGCAAUAGCUGAUUGGCUUGACAUUUUGAGCGGAGGUGAGAAGCAACGAAUUGCGAUGGCUCGUCUUUUCUAUCACCAGCCGCAGUUCGCCAUUCUGGAUGAAUGCACCAGUGCCGUUAGUGUGGACGUGGAGGGUAGCAUGUAUAGGUAUUGCAGGGAGGUCGGCAUCACAUUGCUGACGGUUUCGCACAGGAAAUCGUUGUGGCAACAUCACGAGUACGUUCUGCAUUUGGAUGGAAGAGGGGGAUACACGUUUAAAACGAUUGAAGAUAGCACCGAGCAGUUUGGUUCAUAGUGAUUAUAUGUAUGGUUGAUCUAACUGAUCCUUUUUGAAUGUGAUAUGUCUAUACCGGCUUGCCUUCCCUAUAGAUUAUUCAAUUUUUUGUACAUAAUUUAUUUAGCACAUUUGUUAUGGAAAUAAAAAUAUUUUGAAUAUAUUUUA